AGAGGAAACCAACUAAAUUCAAGGUCUCCCCGUUUGUACACAAUUUAAGGAAGAUGGUAAAACGUGAAGCAUCAGAGCAAAUGAUUUUGUGUGGGAGUCCUCAUCCUUUUUUCGAUAGAAAAACAUCCAUCGUGAGUAAGUACAUUAGCGAAUUGGAUGAUUGCGAGAAGCUAUUUAUUCCAAUGCAUGACGAAUGCCCUGGUCAUUGGUAUCUGUGCGUCAUUGACUUCAAAAACUCUCAUAUCCAAAUUUUGGAUUCAUUACGAUCGAAGAAUCGAGACAAGUUCCGGUUUCAGAGUGUCAAAACAGUGGUUGAAUUUUGUCAAACGUUCUUCAAACUGUAUGACAUAGGGAAAGAUGUCUUCCAAUUCUCCAUUGAUUGGGCUCCUUCGAUUCUGACCCAAGAGAAUGGGUGGGACUGUGGAGUGCAUGUCAUUAGACAUAUGCAGAGAUUCAAAAAUGGUGAUUCGAUGACAAGGUCCGACUUUUGUAAUUCUGUUAAAAUACGUUGA